AUGGCAAGAAAGAAGUUGAAAAAAUUUAGUACCCUGGAGAUCGUGCUCAGCGUUCUUUUGCUUCUGGUGUUCAUCAUUGCUGCUGUUCUAAUUGGGCUUUUGGCCACAGGACCUGCGGAAGCAAAAGAUCCUGAGACAACUGGUACCCCAGUUCCUGAGACAACUUUUACCCAGAUUCCUGAGACAACUGAUAUCCCAGACACUUUGACCACAAGUACCACCUCUGAUCCUACUGCGUGCCCAGUGGUAAAUGAAGUGGAACGGAUAAACUGCAUCCCUGACCAGCCACCAACAAAGGCCACAUGUGACCAGCGAGGCUGCUGCUGGCAGCCUCAAGGACCCAUAAGUGUCCCUUGGUGCUACUAUUCCAUGAAUCAUGGCUACCAAAUGGAAGGUGAUCUUUUAAACACGAAUGCAGGAUUCACAGCCCAGCUGAAAGGUCUGCCUUCUUCAUCCUUGUUUGGAAAUGAUGUUGACAAUGUCCUUCUCACAGCGGAAUACCAGACACCUAACCGCUUUCACUUCAAGUUUACUGACCAAACCAAAAACAGAUAUGAAGUCCCCCACGAACAUGUGCAGCCCUUCAAUGGAAAUGCUGCCACUUCUUUGAACUAUCAAGUUGAGGUCUCCAAACAGCCAUUUAGCAUCAAAGUGAGCAGAAGAAGCAACAGUCGUGUUCUGUUUGACUCCAGCAUUGGGCCCCUGCUGUUUGCAGAUCAGUUCCUGCAGCUUUCGAUCCGCCUGCCAAGUGCAAAUGUGUACGGUCUGGGGGAACAUGUGCACCAACAGUACAGGCACGACAUGAAUUGGAGGACGUGGCCCAUAUUUACCAGGGACACUACUCCUAACGGGGCUGGAACGAACUUGUAUGGUGCUCAGACAUUCUUCUUGUGCCUCGAAGAUGCCAGCGGAUUAUCCUUUGGCGUGUUUCUGAUGAACAGCAAUGCCAUGGAGGUUGCCCUCCAACCAGCCCCAGCAAUCACUUACCGCACCAUCGGGGGUAUUCUUGACUUCUAUGUGUUCUUGGGAAACACUCCAGAGCAAGUUGUUCGAGAAUAUCUAGAGCUCAUUGGCCGGCCAGCCCUGCCUUCAUAUUGGUCACUAGGGUUUCACCUCAGUCGGUAUGAUUAUGGAACACUGGACAAGAUGAAGGAAGUUGUCAACAGAAACCGGGCAGCGCAACUCCCCUAUGAUGUUCAACAUGGGGAUAUUGAUUAUAUGGAUGAGAGGAAGGACUUCACUUAUGAUCCAGUGAACUAUGGAGGUUUCCCUGAUUUUGUUAAUGACUUACACAGUAAUGGGCAGAAACUUGUCAUCAUUGAUCCAGCCAUCUCUAACAACUCUUCCUCAAGUAAUCCCUAUGGCCCAUAUGACCGGGGCUCAGCAAUGAACAUAUGGGUGACUAGUUCAGAUGGCAUGAAUCCGGUCAUUGGGGAGGUCUGGCCUGGAAAAACUGUGUUUCCUGAUUACACCAAUCCCAACUGUGCUGUUUGGUGGACAAAGGAAUUUGAGACUUUUUACAGUCAAGUGGAGUUUGAUGGAAUCUGGAUUGAUAUGAAUGAAGUCUCCAACUUUGUUGAUGGUUCAGUCUCAGGCUGUUCUACAAGCAAUCUGAAUUAUCCACCAUUCACUCCCCGAGUUCUAGAUGGGUACCUGUUCUGCAAGAGUCUCUGCAUGGAUGCAGUGCAGCACUGGGGCCAGCAGUAUGAUGUCCACAACCUGUAUGGCUACUCCAUGGCCAUCGCCACGGCAGAAGCUGUCAAGACUGUGUUUCCAGGCAAGAGAAGUCUCAUCAUAACCCGUUCUACCUUCGCGGGAUCUGGCAAGUUUGCAGCCCAUUGGUUAGGCGACAACGCGGCCACCUGGAACGACCUUCGGUGGUCCAUCCCUGGAAUGCUUGAGUUCAAUCUCUUUGGUAUCCCAAUGGUGGGUGCAGACAUCUGUGGCUUUGACUUGGAUACCUCUGAGGAGCUUUGCAGGCGGUGGAUGCAGCUGGGAGCUUUUUAUCCAUUUUCCAGAAAUCACAAUGGCCAAGGCUUCAAGGACCAAGACCCUGCUGCCUUUGGACCUGACUCCUUGCUGUUGAAUUCCUCCAGGCACUACCUUAACAUCCGCUAUACUCUGCUGCCUUACCUCUACACACUCUUCUACUACGCUCACAGCCGGGGCGACACAGUGGCCAGGCCCCUUGUGCAUGAGUUCUAUGGAGACAGCAACACAUGGGAUAUACACCGACAGUUUCUAUGGGGGCCAGGCCUCCUCAUCACUCCAGUUCUGGAAGAGGGUGCAGAAAAAGUGCUAGCAUAUGUUCCUGAUGCAAUCUGGUACGACUAUGAGACUGGGGGCCAGUUGGGAAGGAGGAAGCAAAACAUCGAGAUGGAACUUCCUGAAGACAAGAUCGGACUUCAUCUACGAGGAGGCUACAUCUUCCCCACACAGCAGCCAAGCACAACCACUAAGGCCAGUCGGCAGAAUCCUCUGGGUCUCAUCAUUGCCUUAGAUGAGAACAAAGAAGCAAAAGGGGAGCUGUUUUGGGAUGAUGGGGAAUCAAAAGAUACUGUGGUCAAUGGAGAUUAUCUUUUAUGUGAGUUUUCCGUCACCGAAAAUCGCUUGGAUGUGAACAUUUCUCACUCAGAAUACAAGGAUCCCAAUAAUUUAGCAUUCCAGGAGAUUAAGAUUCUCGGGACACAGGAACCUGCCAGUGUUACAGUGAAGCAUAAUGGUGUUCAGACUCAAGAUUCUCCUAAAGUCACCUAUGAUCCUAAUCUGGAGAUUGCCAUUAUCUCAGAAAUUAACCUUGUUCUGGGAGAAGCAUACACAGUGGAGUGGAGCAUCAAAAUAAAGGAUGAAGAAAAAAUAGACUGUUACCCUGAUGAGAAUGGCAUUUCUGAAGCAAACUGUGCUGCCCGGGGCUGUGUCUGGGAGGAAUCCAGCUCUCCUGGGGUCCCUUUCUGCUAUUUUGUCAAUGAUAUGUACUCUGUCAGCAACAUUCAGUAUGCCUCACAUGGAGCCAGCGCUGACAUCUCCUUAAAGUCUUCUCUUUACACCAGCGCCUUCCCCUCCACCCCUGUGAGCCCCCUCCGCCUGCAGGUCACCUACCACAAGGAUGAGAUGCUGCAAUUUAAGAUAUAUGACCCCAACAACAAUCGCUAUGAGGUUCCAGUCCCACUGAACAUACCUGGGGUUCCAUCCAGCACUUCUCAGAGUCGACUCUAUGAUGUCUUCAUUAAGGAGAAGCCUUUUGGGAUUGUGGUUUGCCGGCAGAACACAGGCACCGUCAUCUGGGACUCACAGCUCCUGGGCUUCACCUUCAAUGACAUGUUCCUCCGCAUCUCCACUCGCCUGCCCUCCUCCUACAUCUAUGGCUUUGGGGAAACGGAACACACAGCCUUCAGGAGAGACCUGAACUGGCACACAUGGGGCAUGUUUUCCCGAGACCAGCCCCCGGGGUACAAGAUGAAUUCCUAUGGUGUCCACCCCUACUACAUGGGACUGGAGGAGGAUGGCAGUGCCCACGGUGUGCUGCUGCUGAACAGCAAUGCCAUGGAUGUGACAUUCCAGCCUAUGCCUGCCCUGACAUACCGCACCACGGGGGGAAUUCUGGACUUUUAUGUAUUCUUGGGCCCUACUCCAGAGCUUGUGACUCAGCAGUACACUGAGAUGAUCGGUCGGCCUGUGAUGGUGCCUUACUGGUCCCUGGGGUUCCAGCUGUGUCGCUAUGGAUAUGAGAAUGACUCUGAGAUUGCCAGCCUGUACGAUGACAUGGUGGCUGCCCAGAUCCCCUAUGAUGUGCAGUACUCAGACAUUGACUACAUGGAGCGGCAGCUGGACUUCACCCUCAGCCCCAAGUUCUCUGGGUUUCCAGCCCUGAUCGAUCGCAUGAAGAGACAAGACCCUGUGUCCUGGGACGCUGCCUUCGUGAAUAUUUCCAAAAGUGUGCUGGAGACCAGAUACACACUGCUGCCCUACUUCUAUACCUUGAUGCACAGGGCCCACACAGAGGGCGUCACUGUCGUGAGGCCUCUUCUCCAUGAGUUUGUGUCAGACCGGGUGACCUGGGAUGUGGACAGCCAGUUCCUGCUGGGCCCAGCCUUGCUGGUCAGCCCUGUCCUGGAACUUAAUGCCAGAAAUGUCACUGCAUAUUUUCCUGGAGCUGUCUGGUAUGAUUACUACACUGGUGAGGACAUUAAUGCAAGGGGACAGUGGAAGGAGCUGCCAGCCCCACUGGAGCACAUUAAUCUUCAUGUGCGUGGGGGCUACAUUCUGCCCUUACAGGAGCCUGCGCAGAACACUCACCUAAGCCGGCAGAAUCCUCUGAGUCUCCUCAUUGCCCUGGAUGACAACAAAGAGGCGAGAGGGGAGCUGUUCUGGGAUGAUGGGGAAUCAAAAGAUACUGUGACUAAAAACGCGUAUCUCUUUUGUGAGUUUUCUGCAUCCCAAAACCGCUUGUAUGUGAACAUUUCUCAGUCAGCCUACAAGGACCCCAGUAACUUAGCAUUUCAGGAGAUCAAGAUACUCGGGACACAGAAGCCUACCAAUGUUACAGUGAAACACAAUGGUGUCCUCACUCAAGCAUCUCCUAAAGUCACCUAUGAUCUUAACCUGAAGGUUGCCAUUAUCUCAGAAAUCAGUCUUGUCCUGGGAGAAGCAUAUACGGUGGAGUGGAGCACAAAUGUAACAAAUGAAGAAAAAAUAGACUGCUACCCCGAUGAGCAUGGAGUUUCUGAAGCAAACUGCACUGCCCGCGGCUGUGUCUGGGAGGAAUCUAGUUCUCCUGGGGUCCCCUACUGCUAUUUUGUCAACGAUUUGUACUCUGUCAGCAACAUUCAGUAUUCCUUGCAUGGAGCCAGCGCUGACAUCCACCUGAAGUCUUCUCUUUACACCAGCGCCUUCCCCUCCACCCCUGUGAGCCCCCUCCGCCUGCAGGUGACUUACCAUAAGGAUGAGAUGCUGCAGUUUAAGAUUUAUGACCCCAACAACAAUCGCUAUGAGGUUCCUGUCCCACUGAACAUACCUGAGAUUCCAUCCAGCACCUCUGAGAGUCGACUCUAUGACGUCCUCAUUAAGGAAAAUCCAUUUGGGAUUGUGGUUCACCGGAAGAGUACAGGCACUGUCAUCUGGGACUCGCAGCUCCUGGGCUUCACCUUCAAUGACAUGUUCCUCCGCAUCUCCACCCGCCUGCCCUCCUCCUACAUCUAUGGCUUUGGGGAAACGGAACACACAGCCUUCAGGAGAGACCUGAACUGGCACACGUGGGGCAUGUUUUCCCGAGACCAGCCCCCGGGGUACAAGAUGAAUUCCUAUGGUGUCCACCCCUACUACAUGGGACUGGAGGAGGAUGGCAGUGCCCACAGUGUGCUGCUGCUGAACAGCAAUGCCAUGGAUGUGACGUUCCAGCCUAUGCCUGCUCUGACAUACCGCACCACGGGGGGAAUUCUGGACUUUUACAUGUUCUUGGGUCCAACUCCAGAGCUUGUCACUCAGCAGUACACUGAGGUUAUUGGUCGGCCUGUGAUGGUGCCUUACUGGGCCCUGGGGUUCCAGCUGUGUCGCUAUGGAUAUGAGAAUGACACUGAGAUCUCCAACCUGUAUGAUGAUAUGGUGGCCGCUGAGAUCCCCUAUGACGUGCAGUACUCAGACAUUGACUACAUGGAGCGGCAGCUGGACUUCACCCUCAGCCCCAAGUUCUCUGGGUUUCCAGCCCUGAUCGAUCGCAUGAAGGCCGAUGGGAUGCGGGUCAUCCUCAUUCUGGACCCAGCCAUUUCUGGCAAUGAGACCCAGCCCUACCCUGCCUUCACUCAUGGUGUGGAUAAUGAUGUGUUCAUCAAGUAUCCCAACGAUGGAGGCAUUGUCUGGGGAAAGGUCUGGCCUGAUUUCCCUGAUAUUGUCAUUGACCCCUCGCUAAACUGGGAGGACCAAGUGGAGCAAUACCGAGCGUACGUGGCCUUCCCCGACUUUUUCCGUAACUCAACUGUCCUGUGGUGGAAGAGGGAAAUUCAAGAGCUCUACAACAACACAGAGAGUCCAGAGAAGAGCUUGAAGUUUGAUGGCAUGUGGAUUGAUAUGAAUGAACCAUCGAGUUUUGUGAAUGGAGCUGUCCCUUCGGGCUGCAGGGAUAGUUCUCUGAAUCAUCCUCCCUACAUGCCGCACCUGGAGGCCAGGGACAGGGGCCUGAGCAGCAAGACCCUGUGCAUGGAGAGUGAGCAGAUCCUCCCAGACGGCUCCAGAGUGCGUCACUAUGACGUGCACAGCCUGUACGGGUGGUCCCAGACCCGGCCCACCUACGAAGCAGUGCAGGAGGUGACAGGCCAGAGAGGAAUCGUCAUCACUCGUUCCACAUUCCCCUCUUCUGGACGCUGGGCAGGACACUGGCUGGGGGACAACACAGCUGCAUGGGACCAACUGAAGAAGUCAAUCAUUGGCAUGAUGGAGUUCAGCCUCUUUGGCAUAUCCUAUACCGGGGCAGACAUCUGUGGGUUCUUUCAAGACGCUGAGUAUGAGAUGUGUGCUCGCUGGAUGCAGCUGGGGGCCUUUUAUCCCUUCUCCAGGAACCACAACACCAUUGGCACCAGGAGACAAGACCCUGUGUCCUGGGAUGCUGCCUUUGUGAAUAUUUCCAAAAGUGUGCUGGAGACCAGAUACAUGCUGCUGCCCUACUUCUAUACCUUGAUGCACAGGGCCCACACAGAGGGCGUCACUGUCGUGAGGCCUCUUCUCCAUGAGUUUGUGUCAGACCGGGUAACCUGGGAUGUGGACGGUCAGUUCCUGCUGGGCCCUGCCUUGCUGGUCAGCCCUGUCCUGGAGCUUAAUGCCAGAAAUGUUACCACGUAUUUCCCUGCUGCCCGAUGGUAUGAUUACUACACAGGUGCAGACAUUAAUGCGAGGGGACAGUGGAAGGAGCUGCCAGCCCCUCUGGAGCACAUUAACCUUCACGUGCGUGGGGGCUACAUCCUUCCCUGGCAGGAGCCUGCGCAGAACACUCACCUAAGCCGGAAGCGUCCUCUUGGUCUCCUCGUUGCCCUGGAUGAGAACAGAGAAGCGAGAGGAGAGCUCUUCUGGGAUGACGGUGAAUCCGCCGAUACCGUGGCCAAUAAUUAUUACAUUUUAUGUGAGUUUUCUGCCACCCAAAACCGCUUGGAUGUGAAUAUUUCUCACUCAAACUACAAGGAUCCCAAUAACUUAGCUUUUCAGCAGAUUAAGAUUCUUGGGACACAGGAACCUGCCAAUGUUGUAGUGAGACGCAAUGGUGUCCUGACUCAGGCUUCUCCUAAAGUCACUUAUGAUCCUAAUCUGAAGGUUGCCAUUAUUUCAGAAAUUAAUCUUGUCCUGGGAGAAGCAUAUACAGUGGAGUGGAGCGCAAACAUAAAGGAUGAAGAAAAAAUAGACUGUUACCCCGAUGAGGGUGGCUCUUCUGUAGCACUCUGCACUGCCCGCGGCUGUGUCUGGGAGGAAUCCAGCUCUCCUGGGGUCCCCUACUGCUAUUUUGUCAACGACUUGUACUCUGUCAGCAACAUUCAGUAUGCCUCACAUGGAGCCAGCGCUGACAUCUCCUUAAAGUCUUCUCUUUACACCAGCGCCUUCCCCUCCACCCCUGUGAGCCCCCUCCGCCUGCAGGUGACCUACCAUAAGGAUGACAUGCUGCAGUUUAAGAUUUAUGACCCCAACAACAAUCGUUAUGAAGUGCCAAUCCCUUUGAACUUACCCAGCAUUCCAUCCAGCACCUCAGAGAGCCGGCUGUAUGAUGUCCUUAUUACGAAGAAUCCAUUUGGUAUUGUGAUUCGCCGGAAGAGUACAGGCACUGUAAUCUGGGACUCACAGGUUCUGGGCUUCACCUUCAAUGACAUGUUCCUCCGCAUCUCCACCCGCCUGCCCUCCUCCUACAUCUAUGGCUUUGGGGAAACGGAACACACAGCCUUCAGGAGAGACCUGAACUGGCACACGUGGGGCAUGUUUUCCCGAGACCAGCCCCCGGGGUUCAAGAUGAAUUCCUACGGUGUCCACCCCUACUACAUGGGACUGGAGGAGGAUGGCAGUGCCCACAGCGUGCUGCUGCUGAACAGCAAUGCCAUGGAUGUCACGUUCCAGCCUAUGCCUGCUCUCACGUACCGCACCACGGGGGGAAUUCUGGACUUCUAUGUGUUCUUGGGCCCGACUCCAGAACUUGUCACUCAGCAGUACACUGAGGUGAUCGGUCGGCCUGUGAUGGUACCUUACUGGUCCCUGGGGUUCCAGCUGUGUCGCUAUGGAUAUGAGAAUGACUCUGAGAUCGCCAGCCUGUAUGAUGACAUGGUGGCCGCCAGAAUCCCCUAUGACGUGCAGUACUCAGACAUUGACUACAUGGAGCGGCAGCUGGACUUCACCCUCAGCCCCAAGUUCUCUGGGUUUCCAGCCCUGAUCGAUCGCAUGAAGGCCGACGGGAUGCGGGUCAUCCUCAUUCUGGACCCAGCCAUUUCUGGCAAUGAGACCCAACCCUACCCUGCCUUCACUCAUGGUGUGGAUAAUGACGUGUUCAUCAAGUAUCCCAACGAUGGAGGCAUUGUCUGGGGAAAGGUCUGGCCUGAUUUCCCUGAUAUUGUCAUUGACCCCUCGCUAAACUGGGAGGACCAAGUGGAGCAAUACCGAGCGUACGUGGCCUUCCCCGACUUUUUCCGUACCUCAACUGUCCUGUGGUGGAAGAGGGAAAUUCAAGAGCUCUACAACAACACAGAGAGUCCAGAGAAGAGCUUGAAGUUUGACGGCAUGUGGAUUGAUAUGAAUGAACCUUCGAGUUUUGUGAACGGAGCUGUCCCUUCAGGCUGCACAGAUGCAACUCUAAACCGUCCUCCCUACAUGCCAUAUCUGGAGGCCAGGGACAGGGGCCUGAGCAGCAAGACCCUGUGCAUGGAGAGUGAGCAGAUCCUCCCAGACGGCUCCAGAGUGCGUCACUACGACGUGCACAGCCUGUACGGGUGGUCCCAGACCCGGCCCACCUACGAAGCAGUGCAGGAGGUGACAGGCCAGAGAGGAAUUGUCAUCACUCGCUCCACAUUCCCCUCUUCUGGACGCUGGGCAGGACACUGGCUGGGGGACAACACAGCUGCAUGGGACCAGCUGAAGAAGUCAAUCAUUGGCAUGAUGGAGUUCAGCCUCUUUGGCAUAUCCUAUACCGGGGCAGACAUCUGUGGGUUCUUUCAAGAUGCUGAGUAUGAGAUGUGUGCUCGCUGGAUGCAGCUGGGGGCCUUUUAUCCCUUCUCCAGGAACCACAACACCAUUGGCACAAGGAGACAAGACCCUGUGUCCUGGGAUGCUGCCUUCGUGAAUAUUUCCAAAAGUGUGCUGGAGACCAGAUACACGCUGCUGCCCUACUUCUAUACCUUGAUGCACAGGGCCCACACGGAGGGCGUCACUGUUGUGAGGCCUCUUCUCCAUGAGUUUGUGUCAGACCGGGUGACCUGGGAUGUGGACAGUCAGUUCCUGUUGGGCCCGGCCUUGCUGGUCAGCCCUGUCCUGGAGCUUAAUGCCAGAAAUGUCAAUGCGUAUUUCCCUGAAGCCCGCUGGUAUGAUUACUACACAAAUACAAUGGAAAGCCAUGUAAUUUUAAACAAUUAUAUCAUCGAUACAAACUCUUUGAAACUAGGCCACAUUGAGAUCUGGGGAGAGGGCAGUGUGCCUGCCAGCAACGUGACCAUCUCUGUGAGAAAUGGGGUGAUAACAGCCCCCGUCACCUACAACCCUGCAACACAGGUGCUAAGCAUUGAUGUGACCAGCAAAGGCAUCAGCCUGCAAGAUUUCAUUUCCUUAACAUGGAGAAGCUCUCUGUAA